UUAUAUGGUACGUUUUAUUUAUUUAAACACAUAAAGAUUGAUACAGGGAAGCACCAAAUAUAUAUGCGCCACACAAAUCGAACGGUUUGUGUGAGGGCUAAAAUAAUCCCCGGAUGUCUAAACCGAAGCAGGGAGAGUGAGAAUGUAACUCAAUAAAUAAAUGUUCUAUCGUUUACUAACUCCAACUAUACCUACCAAAUUGGAGAGAAUUUGAUAAUAAUAAUAAUAAUGUCAGAGUAAUAAUUGAGCUGAAACAAACUAUGCAUUAUCUCAGACAAACAACUGUGCUAUCGAUAAAAAUGCUGGCCAUAUAUACACUGAAAAAGUCAAGAAUGUACUACUGCCGAAUAACAUAACACGGAAAAAUUGAAUCACAUUUUUACGUAUUGGGUGUUCUCUAUCUCAUCAAAUCCCCAUUGCUAUGUAUUUAAUGCCCCCUUGUAGUAAUGAUUGUGUUCAAAUAAGUAAAAUAAUUCCAUUAUAUCGUUCGUGCUGUUUUCUUAAUCCUUGUUUCUUUAAUCAGAAUUGUGCAUUCAUGACGGGAACAGUGGAAGCUGGGAGUAAUGAGUCGGAUGAGUCUGUUGAGGCAUGGUGGGAGAGAUUUUUAAAGCAAAAGCUUGCUGAUGAUGAGUUAGAUGUAGAGCUCCGGUCUGCAUGGGAGAACUGUGUUCAGAGACGAGCUAAAUUUGCUCAAGAAGUCAAACGAAUAAUGGAGUUAUAUCAACCAAUAGAGAAGUUACUUAACUCUACACUUAAAUCCGAUCGUGAACAACGAGGUCAAAGUCUCUAUAGAGAAUGGGGUAAAAUACGUCGUAAAGAAUGCCUUCUAGCUUAUUAUGAUAACGAUACAUUUCGUGCCACUUACACUCGACAACGUUAUAUAAAUAGUUCUACAAGUUUCCUUCAGGCUUUAGUUUAUCGAAUUAUACCGGAAAAUCCAGACGUUGAAGUUUAUUUACGGGAUCAUGUUAGUCGUAUUAUUAGUAUUGGUGUUGGUCCCGGGCCAGAUAUAGCUGCUUAUUUGGCAUAUGCACGUUGUCGUGGUUUCACUCAACGUAUUGUUUAUUUUGCCAUUGAUCAAUGUGCUGGAUGGGGCAAUUAUCUAGCUGCUUUUGAUCGUCAGUGGUCAUCUGAAUAUCAAGUGUCUGUUUGGUUCAAAAGUUCACGUUUUAAUAAUCGGGAUGAUGUAGAGACACUACCAGAUGCAGACAUGGUAGUAUUUAGUUUUGCUAAUACAGCUCUUAUGGCUAGUACUAUUUGGCCGUUGUUACAACAGCGUUAUCGAUUCAUCAUUGUUUUAGAUGGAAUUAAGGAGGUGGUUGUUGAUAGUUUCUUGAAUGCUGGAUUUAAAGAUAUUACUCUCACUGAACGAACAAAAGUGUAUUAUCAUUUUAAUGGGAUCCUUCCACUUGAAUCAUCUACAACAUUAGAUCAUGUACUAUGCAGUUAAAUUGUAUUCUUCCUUCUAUUUUUUUCCUACAAUUUCUCAUUGCUUUUAUACACAUUAUUUUGUAUGAUAGUUUUGAACAAAACAACGUUUAUCAUCUUCGAGAUAUUGAAAUCUUAACUAUAGUCAAUAUUUUGCAUAAAACAGAGACUGGGGUACACAUCUAUAUUAUGAUUCAUAACUUUAUGUAUAUAUAAGUGUAGAGGGUUUGAGAAGAUUGCUUGAUUUUUCGCUUCAUACCACAAAACAACUUUUAGCUUGGUAACCAUUUAAGGCUUAAAAGCUCUACUCAACUGUUUCAUCUUAGUGUAUUACUCUUCGGCAGUACGGAGGUUCGAACCCAAGACCUUAAGGAAAUUGUUACAAGCAUUCAAAUAUUAAACUAAUGAGUUGGUAUCCAGGGGGUUGCAAGCUUAACUUUAAUCACUUCACGGUGUUAAAUAAUAACUGUGCAAUGUCAUUGUGGAAAUCUACCUUACACCAGGAAUAAUUGAAAUUCACAGCUUAAACAAAUAAAUCAGUGAACGCCGGUUCGCUUGUCUAAAUGUUGUCCACCUGAAUGCCUGAAAGUCCUGGGAUGUCGUGGAUACACACUACUGAGUAGUCCCAUACUAGGACAUAGUUGUUUUUGACAAUCAUUUAGCUAAGAUCAGUUCGUGAUGAAAACUAUAAAAACAUUUUAAAUAAAGUGUCCUGUCUUAGUCUGAACACUUAAG